AUGUGUUUGAGGAGGUCCUUGGCCGGCCUCACCUUUUGUGCCUGCUACCUGGCUUCUUACCUCACGAACAAGUAUGUCCUGUCUGUCUUGAAAUUUACGUACCCUACAUUAUUCCAAGGGUGGCAGACGUUAAUUGGUGGACUUUUGCUUCAUGUGUCAUGGAAACUGGGCUGGGUGGAAAUCAACCACAAUUCAAGGUCUGAUGUUUUGACAUGGCUCCCUGCUUCAGUGCUGUUUGUGGGUAUAAUCUAUGCUGGUUCCAGAGCAUUGUCCAGACUGACAAUCCCUGUGUUUCUCACUUUGCAUAAUGUAGCUGAAGUCAUCAUCUGUGGGUAUCAGAAGUGUUUUCAGAAAGAGAAAACUUCUCCUGAAAAAAUCUGUAGUGCCCUCUUCCUCCUGGCUGCCGCAGGAUGCCUUCCCUUCAAUGACUCCCAGUUUGAUCUGGAUGGAUAUUUUUGGGCUAUAAUUCACUUAUUCUGUGUAGGAGCCUAUAAGAUACGACAGAAAUUCCAGAAGCCCAACAUGCUGAGUGACAUUGACCAGCAGUACUUAAACUAUAUAUUCAGUGUGGGGCUGCUGGCAUUUGCAUCUCAUCCCACAGGUGAUCUCUUCGGCGUCCUGGAGUUUCCCUUCCUGUAUUUCUACAGAUUCCACAGCAGCUGCUGUGCCAGUGGAUUUUUAGGAUUCUUUCUCAUGUUCAGCACAGUGAAGCUAAAAAACACCAUGGCCCCAGGGCAGUGUGCAGCCUGGAUUUUUUUGGCUAAGAUUGAUCUUAGCCUGUAUAUGUGGGCAGCAGAGAUGGAGAGUGCCCAAGCCACCCACACAUCACCGGCCAACAGUCUUUGUGCACACACAAAGGAGAUGUGA